AAGAUGGACUAACUCCCUCAAGAAACAUGGCAGGGAAGGAGAAAGUCGUGGAGAAACUGGAUGUGGUUCAUCAAAACGCGAUUCACAUUGAGACGAUCAGGAAAGAGCAAAGACACCAGAUCCUCCACACAGAGUUCAGCAUCAAUCCACACCGGAAAUUACAUGUCCUACCAGACAAACCCAUGUCUAGGAAACCAAAAGAAGUGAUUGCAGAGAACUCGGGCUUCAUCGAGGCCUUCCACCAUGCUCGCAAGGAACCCACCAAGAAAUAUGCAUUGCCACAGACCACGAGUCAGGAGAUAGGAUGGGUGUCAACCCCACUGAUCCCAUCGAACCGCCAUGACAACAGAUUAAAUUUCAACAGAUGCAGCGCGGACAUCACCAAACACAAAGAAUCUGCCCUGCGUUCGUCAAAUUAAACAGAAAGAAUGUAAAUCUCCAAAACAGU